AUGUGCAGUGACUGGGACGGAAGUGAAAGGAAUCUGAAAGGCGCUGUCUGGAGACGAGCGCUGCCUGACUUUGAGGAGUACCGGCAAUACGAAAGCCCGUCCGUGAUUUCCCUGGGGGAGGAAGUUCUCCGAAGUUCGUUGAGCUGCAGAACCGGCGAAGGUGCUGGCGCGGCACAGAAGGGUCACCUGGCAGGUGGAGGCGGCAGAGAAGCAGAAAGCUCCAGCCUGGCCAAAGUAGGGGGCAGAGGGGUGGCGACGCGGGGGGCAGAUCCAAGAGCGACGUGGCCGCCGCUGAAGUGUCGACGGGUGGAGGCAGAGAAGUCGAGCAAGCAGGGAGCGACGAAGCAGUGGGUGUCCGAGGGCAACCGCCGGCCCCCCCGCCCGACUAGCAGCAGUACUGGCUACGUGCGAACUGGCGGGACGGCCCGCCGACCCCGCGCGGGGUCGCGGGGGUCUAAGUUGGCGCGGCAGAUCCGUCAGGAAGCCAAGAGCGACGUGGAGCAGUGGGUCUCCGAGGGCAACCGCCGGCCGCACCUGAGCGUGGUGCUCGUGGGAGACAACCCAGGGAGCCACUCCUACGUGCUGAACAAGACCAAGGCAGCCGCUGACGUGGGGAUCAGCAGUGAGACGAUCCUCAAGCCAGCCGAUAUCUCUGAGAAGCAGCUCCUGGAGCUGAUUGACAAGCUCAACAACGACAGCAACGUGGACGGACUGCUGGUGCAGCUCCCCCUGCCUGAGCACAUCGAUGAGCGGAAGGUCUGUAAUGCUGUGGUCCCUGGGAAGGAUGUGGACGGGUUCCACGUGGUCAACGUGGGCAAGAUGUGUCUGGACCAGCGCACCAUGCUGCCGGCCACACCCUCGGGCGUGUGGGAGAUCAUCAAGCGGACCGGCAUCCCCACGCUGGGGAAGAACGUUGUGGUCGCCGGCCGCUCGAAGAACGUUGGGAUGCCCAUCGCCAUGCUGCUGCACACUGACGGCAGGCACGAGAGACCCGGAGGUGACGCCACAGUCACCAUCUCGCACAGAUACACGCCAAAGGACCAGCUGAGGCAGCACACUCAAAUCGCUGACAUCGUUGUAGCCGCAGCCGGUAUUCCAAACCUGAUUACAGCUGACAUGAUUAAGGAAGGGGCCGCGGUGAUCGAUGUCGGGAUCAACAGGGUUCAGGAUCCGGUCACUGGGAAACCCAAACUGGUCGGGGACGUUGAUUUCGAAGGAGUGAAACGGAAAGCCAGUUUCAUCACUCCAGUCCCAGGAGGCGUGGGGCCCAUGACGGUGGCCAUGCUGAUGAAGAACACCAUCAUCGCAGCCAAGAAACUCCUGACAAAGCCAGCCGCCCUCGGCAUCACGGCUCCUUAACGAGAGAGACCCUGCACGCCGAGAGAGAGCGCGAGAGGACAGAGAUCAUAUCGGAGUUUAAAGCCUCACAUUCCCGGACCACCAAAACACUCCCACAUAGACCGAAUUUAAUUAUAAUUUAUUAAUUCGAAUAUUUUUAUUGUGUGGUUUUUUUUUUAUUUUGAUCGUGUUUAUGUACGGGGAAAGGAAUGCGAAAGUCUUAAGUGUAACGUCGGCUUUAAUGGUGCAGUUCCGUUCCACCUUAAAACAGAGCGCGCCGGUCACUUUGUGCAGAUGCCUGCCACUCUUUCUUUAAAGCAACUGGGCUUUUCUUAAGGUGGAAAUGUCCCCCCUCUCGCCCGUAUAUACAAAACCAAUUCCAGGCAUUAACUGUGUUUACUGGGGGGAAAAUGCCCCCAAUAUAUCGACAGUGGAGGAAUGUUGUUCGAUAGGGGUUGCUCAGCAGUAAGAGUUGAGGACUAGGAGCCAGAUAGUCAUAAAGCAAACAAGGAUCACUUUAUAGCUUACUUGUCUUGCCCCCUGCACCCAUCCUAUGUGUUUUUGUAAUAUCUCUACUGUGACCUGAGGGUUUGUUUUUAUGUAUUUAUUUUUUUGUAUACCUUAACCUGUAAUAACUCUCCCUACUCUGCUACCAGGAAUAUUCACAAGUAUUUAUUUUAGAAGAUUAUCUUGCGAGAAGUUCAUAUUUCCUCCCUCCAGCCACAUUGCAUGCACAAGUCGUGGGGCGGUCGCUCGUUUAGGGUUGAAUUACAUAAGAAGAGAUCACGCCUGGUCUGACUCAUACUGGGGCUAGGGACCCACCAGAGCUUAAAAAGGGGGUCAGACUGAAGAACAAAGUUUGUUUGGGUUUGAGUGCUUGCUGUCAAGGUGUAACUAAGAGCUACUAAAAGACCUUUUAUGAAGUUCAUUUUAGUAUUUCUAAAUUCGGCCCCACUGGUCAGUUUUAAUAGCCCCAGGCGGUUUUUUUUUACCUGCUCUGGGACUAAAAACUUCACAACGAAAGUGUGUUUAUGUUUUUUUUUUUUUCUGACUUGCUUCAAUGCAACAUGAAAUCUGGAACCCAAAUAAACAGUAACUUAAUGACA